AAUGGUGACGGACGUGCAGCUGGCCAUCUUUGCCAACAUGCUUGGCGUGUCGUUGUUCCUGCUGGUCGUGUUGUAUCACUAUGUUGCCGUGAAUAACCCCAAGAAGCAGGAGUAGAGUGCCCGGUGGGGCCGACAGGUGAGAUGAGACUCAAUGCCACCUCCAAGGAGACAACAUUCCCAACUUCCAAGCCCAAGACAUGAAUUUCUUUCUACGGUUGCAGUCGUGUUUUUUCUAAUUAAAGAUGUGUGAAUCCGA